GUAGCGAACUCAAGCGUUUGCUCGCAUAUACUGUGCGGUCACUUAGGCAUCUGCAAAUGGAAGUUAUUCCCCGACAUAGCUCCGACGCAGAUAAGAGACACUUCCGUUACUGUUUCAUUUAACAAUAUUUCGCCAUGUUUUACAGUCUGAUCAGUUCAAAUUCGAACAAGUUUCUAGACAUUUUUUCUAUAUUUCGCGAUUACAUAACUCGUGAUGGUGGUCGUAGAUAUCCCCGCAGAAUAUGGCUACUGCGUUCUGGUCGCCGUGGGCUCUCAGUUCGUGCUCAUGUGGAAGGCCGUUCAGGUUGGCAAGAUGCGCAAGAAGUUCAAAAUCUACUACCCUGUGAUGUACAGCCCUGACAACGCUCUCUUCAACUGCUAUCAACGCGCACACCAAAACACGCUGGAAGUGUACCCGCAGUUCCUGACGUGUCUGGCGUUCGGGGGCUUGUACAACCCGACGAUGUCGGCAGCAGCGGGGGCCGUGUGGGUGGCAGGCCGUGUGGCCUACGCUCUCGGCUACUACACUGGCGACCCGAAGAAGAGGAUGUGGGGAGCCUUCAGCUACGCAGGCUACCUCCCCCUCAUCUACUUCUCCGUGCGUCAGGGCGCCAAGAUGCUCGGCUGGUUCUAAGCUACAUAGCUACCUGCAACCCUUGGCCAUAGCCUGUACUGAUGCAUUUCAUAUCGGCAGCAAAGGAUGUUGCUUCUAUUCUUUCUGGAAGUUUCAUUUACUAGCAACAAAGGAAGUUACUUCCAUUCUGUCUUCAUGCAUUAGUAUCAACAGUAUCAAAUGAUGUUGAUUAUAUUCUGUUUUGUGGCAUUUCAUAUCGGCAACAUAGGAUGUUGCUUCUAAUCUUUCUUGAAGCUUUAUUUACUAGCAGCUAAUGAUGUUACUUCGAUUAUAUCUUCAUGCAUUUAGUAUCAAGAGAACCAAAUGAUGGUAAUUAUAUUCUCUCAUGUUGCAUUUUAUACCUGUAACGUUACUAAAUAAUGUUAUUUCUGAUGCUGCUAUCUUUUUAGGAUUUGAGUAGACAAUUAACCUGAAGGAAAUAAUCUGUUAAUGCAUUCAAAUAUUCCAGCAGAUACAUAAAUGGUCAUACUUUUGCUGCA